AUGACUCCAAUUCUCAUCACUGGCGCCACGGGGUCCACUGGACGCUCUACAAUCAAAUAUCUGUUGCAGAAAGGUCUUUCUGUGCGUGCAUUUGUCCACAAGGAAGAUGAUCGCUCGCGCCAACUUGAAGCUCAAGGCGCUGAAGUCGUCGUUGGAAAUCUCCUUGAUUUGCGCUCAGUCCGACGCGCAUUUGAGGGCGUCAAGAGAGCUUAUUUUUGCUAUCCUGUACAGCCAGGGCUCAUCGAUGCCACUACUAUUUUUGCUCAGGCGGCUAAAGAGGCCAAAGCCGAAUACAUCGUCAACAUGUCUCAAAUCGUUGCCAGAGGGGAAGUCCCUAGCAAUGCUUCCAUUAACCACUGGCUGUCGGAGCGUGUUUUUGAUUGGGCUGGCACGCCUGUCACGCAUCUGCAACCAACGAUUUUCCAUGAAUGGCUUAUUUAUGCUAGCAAAGCAAUCAGAGAAGAAGAUUGCUUCGCCGUUCCUUUUAGCUCAACGGGCAAAUUUGCCUCAGUCUCUACUGAAGACAUAGGAGAGCUGACCGCCACGCUGCUUGAGAACCCGGCCGGCCAUGGGGGACAGUCAUACCCCCUCUCUGGCCCUACAGAGCUGACGCCGCCCGAGAUUGCCGAUGUUCUCUCGAAGCACCUUGGAAGGAAAAUUCGCUUCGAGCAAGUCAAGGCCAGCGCCUUGAUUCGGUCAUUCUCGCCCGUUGAAAUACCGUACCUGGAGCAACAUUUCGACGCAGCGGGCCAGAUGCAUCGUGAUGGUCUUAUGGCUGGUACUAAUGAUUUGUUUGAGAAGAUUAUUGGCCACCCACCGCAGAGCACGGAAGAGUUUGUGGCGCAGAAUAAAUCGAUCUGGUCGAAAAAUGCGGAGGAGUUUAUAGCGCAGGGUAAAUCUUUCUCGAAGAACAGAGGAUAG